CGGCUCCUCCCCCUAAGUCUUGCACAGGUGUACAAGUUCCUCCCCUUCAGUCUUGCACAGGUGUAUCAGCUCCUCCCCUUCAGUCUUGCACAGGUGUACCGGCUCCUCCCCUUCAGUCUUGCACAGGUGUAUCGGCUCCUCCCCUCCAGUCUUGCACAGCUGUACUGGCUCCUCCCCUUCAGUCUUGCACAGGUGUACUGGCUCCUCCCCUUCAGUCUUGCACAGGUGUACUGGCUCCUCCCCUUUAGUGUACUGGCUCCUCCCCUUCAGUCUUGCACAGGUGUACCGGCUCCUCCCCUUCAGUCUUGCACAGGUGUAUCGGCUCCUCCCCUUCAGUCUUGCACAGGUGUAUCGGCUCCUCCCCUUCAGUCUUGCACAGGUGUAUCGGCUCCUCCCCUUCAGUCUUGCACAGGUGUACUGGCUCCUCCCCUGGACUGGAAUGGAUUCCUCUUAUGUCACUGCACACUGGGAGCUUCUCACUGUGCA